AGAAAAUAAUUUUAAAAAAAAUUUUAGUAUUUGAUUUUUAAAUUGAAAGUUUUUUUUGGAUCCUCUUUGUCAUAGAGCCAAAGAUGGAGAUUUCACUGAGCAAGAAGCAGACGAUACCAAUGGAAGAUUUCCAAUCAAGAUUAAACGAUUAUAACACAUACUACAAGGGAUGUUUGGAGCAGUUACGACAAAGAAAAACUAACACUGAAGAAAUAGUUAUCGAUGGAUUUAUCAAUAUUUACUGGGGACUAAGAACAGCCAUCCGCUUGCAGGUUGCCGAUGACAAUGUAAAAAUUCGACCUCAAACUGUUGUUGGAUCGGAAAGAUUGAAUGAACCGUUAGAUAAACCACCGGACACUGAAGCUGAAGCAGAUGCUUCCAAUUUAAAUGGUGCCAUGGAAGGACUUGAUAUACAAAGUGGAAUAUGGGGACGGACACGACAAAGAAAUCUAGAAAGAAGAUCAAAAGUUAAACCAAAGUCUCCACCUCCUGAUGAAGGCUUGUCGCGUAUAAACAGCGUCGUGAUGCGAAAGAAGAAAGUUUCAAGAUACGUCGCACAUAGAGGCUCAAUAAAUGGGCACGCAUUUAACCACAAGACUUCUGUCUUCACUCCUGCAUUUGGUUCUGUAACGAAGGUUCGAAUCACGAGCAGAAGCAACGCCAAUGAUGUUAUCACCAAACUAAUGAAUAAGUUUAAAAUUUUAAACCCACCAACAGAUUUCUCGCUGUAUGUCAUCAAAGAAACACAAGAAAGAAGAGAGUUGUCAGCUGAUGAAUUCCCAUUAAUAACACGAGUAUUGGUUGGUCCUAAUGAACAACUUGGAAAGUUGUAUAUAAUUGAAAGGAAGAGACACCGAGAUAUAACUUCAGAGGUUGCACAAUACAUCAAACUAGAUAUUAACAUAUUGCAAGUGUUUUUGAAAAAGUUUAAUGAAGAGGAAGAAAAAGAAGUUGAACAAAUGAGAAAAAGAUUUGAGCUUUAUAAAAAGAUGUUACAAACUGAAAUGCAGCGUACCACUGAAGAGACCACCACAUAAAAUAAUUGUUAAUUUUCUAAAUUGAUUGUGAAUACUACAACAUAUUUUUAUAUGAUUGUUUGUAACAGUGUUAUUGAUAUUUUAAACCAAUAGUUUGUCAUAAUUUUUGUGAGAAUAAACAUUUGUGUAA